GUCGGAUUUCGGAGGUUUCGGUUGUGCCAAUGGAAAGGUACAAAUAAUCCAGCAAAUAAAUCAUGAAGGAGAGGUGAACCGAGCCCGUUAUAUGCCUCAAAAUCCAUUUAUCAUUGCCACAAAGACAGUUAAUGCCGAAGUCUAUGUUUUCGACUAUAGCAAACAUCCAUCGAAGCCUCCACUUGAUGGUGCAUGCAACCCUGAUUUGAGAUUAAGAGGUCACAACACUGAAGGUUAUGGUUUGUCGUGGAGUCAUUUUAAGCAGGGUCAUUUGUUAAGUGGGUCAGAUGAUGCUCAGAUUUGCCUUUGGGAUAUUAAUGCCACCCCAAAGAGUAAGGCCCUUGAUGCCAUGCAGAUAUUUAAGAUUCAUGAGGGAGUGGUUGAGGAUGUAGCAUGGCAUCUGAGGCAUGAAUAUUUGUUUGGAUCGGUUGGAGAUGAUCAAUAUUUACACGUAUGGGAUCUACGAACUCCAUCAGUCACCAAGCCUAUGCAGUCUGUAGUUGCUCAUAAUGGAGAGGUUAACUGCUUGGCAUUCAAUCCAUUCAAUGAGUGGGUUGUAGCAACUGGAUCUACUGACAAGACAGUCAAAUUGUUUGACCUGCGCAAGAUUACUUCUGCACUCCAUACCUUUGAAUCCCACAAGGAGGAGGUGUUCCAGGUCGGGUGGAAUCCAAAGAACGAGACUAUCCUAGCUUCUUGUUGCCUUGGCAGGAGGCUAAUGGUCUGGGAUCUUAGCAGGAUUGAUGAAGAGCAAACGCCAGAGGACGCUGAAGAUGGACCACCUGAGCUGCUCUUUAUUCAUGGAGGGCAUACAAGUAAAAUUUCAGACUUCUCGUGGAAUCCGUGUGAAGAUUGGGUAGUUGCCAGUGUAGCUGAAGACAACAUACUGCAAAUAUGGCAGAUGGCCGAGAACAUUUACCAUGAUGAUGAUGAUCUGGCGGGAGAUGACGCCACCAAAGCUCCCUAGUCCAGGUGGAGAAACACACAAUGGAUCUUAUGUGGAACUUCAGGGUUUAGAAGAUGGUCUAGAUAUUUUCCAUUUAAUUUUUUAUUUACUUACUGUUGGAAUUAGGUUGUGCUGGUAAUCUGGUAUUAUAGUUUUUCUCUCAUUGCAUGUUCUAGCUCUUAAUCUCCACCCACCCGGAUUUGGUUCUUCAGAACUAUUAAGAUAGCAACUCAGCUUAUUUUUAUUGCCAAAAGGUUGAGGACCUUGAAGUUUUGCUUUAAUUGCAAAGGCUCCUUUGAUGAAACGAUUUUCAUGUCCUUAGUGAAAGCUGACGAAGAAAAUGGGUUUCAUACUACACUAAG